AUGUUGAUCGGUUUUCUCGUUUGGUUUUUAAUUUUUAUUAGUCAAACUUUAUAUUUUUCAUCAUUUCCUAUUCAUCAUUAUUGUUGGUUUUCAUCAUGUAAAAAUAUUUUUCUAUCAUCUCGAAUAUCCAAAAAACAAUCGAAAGUCACAGGUUCAUAUGAUAAAUCUCUUCUAACACGUAUUCAUCAUCAACCACUUUUACAACAAUAUGAAUCUCGUCAUGUUAAUUUCGUUCGUUUAGCUAAACCUAUAACAUCACCAAAAAAAUAUUUAAUUUAUACAUGUAAUCAACCAUGUGGUGGUUGGGGUGAUCGAACACGAAAAAUUGUUGGUGCUUAUUUAUUAUCAUUAGUAUUAAAUCGUACUUUUAUUAUAAAUAUGACAUGGCCUUGUCCAAUAACACAUUUAUUAGAACCAAAUUUUAUACAAUGGAAUCAAAUAAUAAAAGAUCUUUCAAAACGAACAAAUCUUACAGUAAAUAAUCUUACUUCAUCAGAUAAAGAUUAUCGUGAAGUUUUACUAUGGAAAAAUAUUGAUAUAAUUUAUUUUAAAGUUAAAGAUUUAGCUUAUUAUUCAUUAUUAUUAUGGCGUGAUGAUUUUUAUCGUAUACUUCAUUUACAAUAUGGUUUACAUCGUUCAACAUUAUUUCUUCAUACAGUAUUCACAUUAAUAUAUGAAUUAUUAUUUAAAUUAAAAUCUCAUCCACAAUCACAUAUGAAUGAAAUAUCAGAAAAAAUUCAAUCAAAAUCACUUUAUUGUGCACAUAUACGUAUUGGAAAAAAUCCAUCAAAUCCAAAUGAUAUUAUUUUUCCUAAACGUGAACAUAUGAAUACAAGUGUAAUCAAAUUUUUAAAAAAUAUAUCGAAAUUAAAUGAAUUAAUAUUUAUUUCCUCAGAUUCAGAUGAAAUUCAAUUAUAUGCAAGAAAACAAUUUCGUUCACGUUUAUUAACAAUUGAGGGUAUUAUACGACAUAUUGAUCGUUCAGGAAGAAAAUUAGCAUGUGAUGGACUUGAAAAAACUAUCUUAGAUUUUUAUAUGGUUUCACAUUGUCAUGCCAUGAUUAUGAGUAAAAGUGCUUUUAGUUUUUGGGCAAAUAUGCGCCGAUUAAUGCCUUAUGAAAAUUUAUAUUUAUAUUGUGAUGGAAUUAAAAAAAUACGUGGUCCAAAUGAUUAUGAUCAAUAUCCUUAUGGUCGAUGUUAA